UGUGACGCUGAGUGUAGGUAAUGGCACAGGAAGUGCUGAGGGAAUUGGAAGCCGCGGCGCAAGUCGUUUUGGCACCUCCAAAUUUAAUUUCAACAGAGCAACGUCAAUCUGCAGAAGCUGUCUUUUUAAAUUUUCGUAAAACAAGGUUACCUUAUCAGCUGUGUCGUCAAAUUUUAGAAUUAAGUACUGUAGAUUAUGUAUUAUUUGAAACAGCUGGUUUGAUAAAGACAGCUCUGAUACAAGAAUGGCCUACUCUAAUAGAAUCGGACAUUUCUUCAUUGAGACAAUAUUUGUUACACUAUGUCAUAAACAAACCUACUUUAGCGCCAUAUGUUAGAGCAAGAAUACUUCAAGUUAUUGCAAUAAUAAUCAAGAGAGGCAGUGUGGAUGACUUUGGGCAAGAGAGAAGAAGAAUAUUGAAUGAAGUAGAAUCUUUAAUUAGAAAUGAAGAUUUAUCAAAGCAAAUUUUAGGGUGCAAUAUUUUAUCUACAAUAUUGCAAGAAUAUGCAACAACUGUUAAAUCAUCCAAUAUAGGUCUCACAUGGGAGGUUCAUUUUAAAGAGAAGAAACAGUUUGAACUAAGCGAUAUGAAAAAAAUUUUUAAGCUAUGUAUUGAAGUACUCAAUGAAUUAAUCAAAAAAGACUUUGAAGAAUCGACAUUAACUUUUGUAAAGCAUUUACUUUCAAUUGUGGAAAGUAUACUUGUUUGGGGAUUUGUUGAUGGAAAUUUACCCAGAAGAUUACUGAAUGUAUGUGAAAUUUAUGAUUUCGGAAAUAAUCCACCAUUGAGGUUACAUACACAAUGGCAAGAUAUAAUACUAGAUCCAGCAGUAUUAGAUCUACUGUUUACAUUGUAUUGGAAAGUACGCAACAAUCCACAAUUAGCUCAUCAUGCUAUGAAUUGUCUGGUGCAAUUGUCAAGCUUAAGUAGAAUUUUCACUACAGAGCAAACAGAACUGCAAUAUCUUACAAAUUAUAUGCAACGAUUCUUGAAGCUUGUAUCAAAUAUUAAUAUUAUCGAUCAAGAGGCAAAUGGAAUUACCAAUAUUAUAAAAAAGAUUAAUUGUUUCUUUCAAAGUUCAUUAAAUUCUCUUCCUGAAGAUUUAUUGAAAUCAUUUAUGGAACAAAUGACAAGGCUAACAUGCCUGUUCAUAGAAGGUGCCACACGAGAAGAAUUGAUGUGUGCUGAUGAUUGCUUGUAUAUGGAGGCUGUGGAACGUAUAUUUGAGACAUGGAUAUGUAUUUUAUCUACAACAUAUAUAUUUCCACCAGAAUUUUGUAAGCAAAGUUCUAUUCAAAUAUUUAACACAUAUCUGCGAUGCCACUUGUCACCUCCAGAUGGUGUGAAAGGUGUCACUAGUAAAAAUAUUAAUGAAGAAAUAGUAGAUAUGGAAGAAAAUGAUAAAGUUAAAUUUAAGGAACAGUUACAAAUAGUUGGAAACUUUGGUAGACAAGUGCCAAAUCACUCUUUACUUUUAUUAGCGCAAUUACUCGAAAAUCGAAUACUUAAAUUACGCGAUAAUAUAAAUGUACUGAUAGCACAAAAUGGAGCUGUAUCCGAACCCGCCGCUAUGAAUGAUUUGUACGAAGAUUUGCAUUGGCUCGUUUUAAUAGCGGGUCAUGUCCUUUGUAUGGAAUCGGAAGGUGAAGCUGCAUUAAUACCUCUGGAAAUUAGGCGAUGCAGUAUGGAUCAGUCUCGAGAGGGAAAUGUCGAUGUGAAUCAUACAUUAGAGUUUUUAGUGUCUUCGCAAAAUAUUCAGUCGGAUAUAAGCAGUCCUGCGGCCUCGAUCGAUCGAGUUAUUCGAUUAAUCACAUGCGUUUUUCGCUUAUGCGCCUUGGAGAAAACCGUUAUAUCGAUACAUGCGGAGAAUGUACUCAGUCCUGAAUUGAGCAGCACGAUAAUAUGGUUUUUACAUAUAUGGUCGCAGAGCUACCUUUUGCCGACAGAAGUUUAUUAUUCCGAGAUAAGCACCACAAUCUUGCAAGCUUUUGGUGAAGAUAGUCCAGGCGCAUUAUGGACAAUGAAUUUUCUUCUGGAUAAAGUAAUUUGCAAUAUUAACACCUUUAAAAGUGAACCAGCUGUAAUUAAGGAAACUAUAAAAUUAUUAAUAACUCUUGUUGAGUCGCAAACGAAAGCCUCUUGCGUAUUGAAAUCUGAACAGUUCAAUUACAUAAUUGAGUUAGCUACGAGAGGACAAUACGAUUUUCCGCAAAUUAUUAAGAGAGGUUUGAUGCACGCAGUAGUACAGGCCGGUACAGUGGUGCAAAAUACAAGUACAGAACAGUACUAUUGGUCACAAACUAUAGAAUCUUUGCAAAACAGAUGUACACAGUUAAUUUCUAGUGAUAAUUUUAUGUCGUCUUAUCAUCAAGAGGAGAUUAAGAUACAAAUCAUAGAUAUAUUGGAAUCCUUUAUAGGCAUAGUACAUGGUGUGCAAGGUCCGACAACAGAACCCGUAUAUCGAUAUACCUGUCCUAUAUUAGUCGAACUUCCAAAAUUAUUAUCCUUGUAUCAUAAUUAUCAGAAUAUAGUUCAAUUGAUAUUAGAGCUGCUCUGUGAAUAUACAAGGAGUAUUCUAUUUUAUUUAUCAGAGGCUGAUAGUACACGUGUGUAUGAGACUUGUUUGCAAACGAUACAGACAUACGCUCGCUGUAAUAGUAAUCGGCUUACUGUAGAUUCGACCGCGGAGGAAGAUAGUUUCCAAGAUAUUUUGUUACUUAUGCAAUUAUUAACUAAUUUACUAAGCAAAGACAUACUUAAUUUUAAUCAUACUGAGCAAAAUCAGCCUCCAUCUACCAUGCCUGCCGAUGUUUUCUUUUACGGCUUAAAUAUAAUCAUGCCUAUCAUGACAAUAGAUUUGUUAAAAUUUCCUUCGCUAUGUAUACAGUAUUUCAAAAUGAUAGCUUUUGUAUGCGACAUAUGUCCUGAGAAAGUUUGCGGCCUAUCUAUCAAACUGUUGCAGCAGCUUUUAGCAUCGGUGGAAUUAGGUUUAUAUUCAUUUGGCCAUGAAGUAGCUGUCCUAUGCUGUGAUACUAUUCAAGUCUUAGCCAAGCAUAUUUAUACGGAAACUACGAAAGGGCAACCGCGCAAUGACAUAAUGGCACCUUUUAUGAAUUUAUUGAUAAGUCUCAUUUUAUCACAUCAAAUGGAUUCAGAUUUGAUAACGAACGCCAGUAUACCUCUUUAUUAUCUUAUAUGUUGCUAUCAAGAGCAAUAUCAGCAACUUGUACAAAAUAUUUUAUCCACCCAAACAGAUCAACAAGUAGCACAGAGAUUAGCAAACGCAUUCACGGCAUUAACCGCGAAUGUAGCAUUAAAUACUGAACGUAUUCAAAAAGUGAAGUUUAAGGAUAAUUUCGAAAAAUUUAUCAUAAAUGUACAAGGAUUCUUAAUGAUUAAAUAAAAUAAAACUUAAAGA